CGAGCAUUUCCCAACAACAAGUGGACGAUUUUCCCUCGCCGAACAGUGCUGAACUAAAUGUCAGAGUGUCACAAUCAAUAGAAAUUUACGACAACAUCAUAGGGAGUAUAUAACAAUGUCAAAUAAUUCGCAUUUCGCAUCGAAAAUGAGCUAGUAGUGUACACUGCGUACAUCAGUGAAAUUAUGAAGAUAAGCCUGCAGAAGUUCCGCGUGAUAUUCACGAUACAAACACUGCUCUUCUGCCUGGACAUCGCACUCAAUACAUUCUCGCUGUGUUACAAACGUCAGCAUGCGAUUAUACUCAUAUUAUUUAUUGCUCAAGAUUUAAGUCUUAUCUUUGCGUUGGCGCUGCUGUUACUGACGUUUUUCUCGACGUAUGUGUUUCAAGCUGGUUUAAUUGAAUUGCUUUAUGAUCGUUUUCGUGUAGCAAUUUGUAUCUGCGUGCUUUACUUCAUACUCACGACAAUACAAUACAUUUGGUUGCUGAUUGUGCAAUCACAAGAAGACGUGCGCAUUUGGUCGGUUGGAUUCACGAUUAUGUUUGUCAUUCAUCGAUUAGCGUCGCCAUUUUAUUAUUACUCUUACAAAAGGGCUGCGAUGAGGAUAUGCGAUCCACGGUAUUACGACGAUAGUAUUUGGGAGCAAAACGUAGCGAUUAAGUAAUGAUAAUAACAAUUUAGACUUGGAAAUGAUUAUUUUUUUCGUUGGUUUGUGUUUUUAUUAGAUGAAAAGAGUUUAAAAAUGGCUUGGAAAGUACAGAAAUACAUAUAAAACGAAUAUUAUUACGUAUUGUACAUAAAACAUAUUAAUAUAUCUUUAAGACUGAUGUGUUUAACUCAUUAAAAAGAAUAUAUAUAUAAAAUUUA